AUGAAAGGUUUAUUAUAUCUUCAUUUCGUAUUCUUAAUCCACUUUACCUCUGCCCAAACACAACCGUCAGGAUGUUAUAACUUUUAUUUGGGCACACCUGGUACUCCUCCAGCUAAGACUUCUCAAGUACCAAAGCUGCUUGCUGCACGUAAUCUUCUCACCUCACGGGCUGGUUCUGGUGGAGAUAUCGUGGAUCAAACUUCCUCUACAAAUACAGAGAUGAGUCAACACGAAGAUUAUUUAGAAAGUGAACAGAGAGGAACUCUUAAAUAUGUGGAAUCAGUAUCUGAGAUACAAGACGACCUUUCCUCCAGGAAGCUGAGAAAACGAUUUCAAACUCAAAAGAAGAUCAAUUUCCUUGCCUCCGGGAAUGGGGCAUGCGGGGCAUAUGAUACCGAAAAGCAGUUAGGAAUAUGCCUAUGGAGUGGAGAUGCAAAAAGUAAAGAUCCUGCCAAGAGUGGAUGGAUUAGUCUUGAUCAACGAGGUAAUUGUGGAAAGACAGUGUUUGUUCAAAGAGCAAACAAUCCAGACACUUUGAUCUUUGCAAAAGUGGUCGAUGGAUGUAGUUUUAAUAUCGCGGAUCAUCACACUGGUUGUGCUCAGAUCUUUUUGACUAAAAAGGCCUUUGAUGCGAUGAAACCAACUCCAGAAGAAUUACAGCAAGGUGCAAUUACCAACUUGGUAUGGGACUUUAACACCAAGGCAAACAUGGUGGUCUAG